AUGCUCGCAUCCACGCGCUCCAGCCGCGAAUGCUGCGUGUACAGCGCCUGCCCGAACAGCGAGAGCGAGGACGAGAGUUCCGAAGGACCUUUCAAAGAAGAGGUCAGUCGGCCAGACAGUACCUUCACCAAGGGCGAGCGGCCCGAGAACUUGGAUUCGCAGGUCCGUUUUGAAGAGGACAUGUACGAUGCGGUCACCGUGGCUGCUUUCGGUGGAGUGGUCUUGCAGCUGCCCAGUGGGUGCAUCAAAGUGCAUCCGGUGUUCAUGUUCGUGCUUUGUGUGCCGCUCUUCAUGUCCCAGCAAGCUGCCCUGCUCUACCUCCGGCUGGGCCAGGACUUGGACGCGCCGGUGCACGGCGAGGGCGUGGAAGGGGAGCUGCAGCUGAUUUUGCCCUUCGCCAAGGUCUUAAUGAUCUACACCUUGGCCUUGAUGCUCUUCCCUGAGCUGCUGGGCGCGCUGCGGCUCAUGAUGUUCCUGGCGAACCCCACCACCUGGACGGACAUCCGGCGGAUCGAUCCCGCCACCAAGGAGUUCCUCCCAUGGAUUUGGUAUCCCUGCUGCCUGGCACCGGUGGGUUUCGCCAGCGAGAUGCUCAAGUUCUGCGUGGGCUACAUAGUCCUAGUAGACUCUGUCAGCAUCGUGCUGGUCUGCCGGUCAGUGCACGAUGCCAUCUUCAAUUCCUUAGCUCUCACCUUCCUAAUCGAGUUGGACAAUAAGCUUUGGGAGGUCGCCAAAAGCGUCUUUCACCUCUCGUUCAGCACGGAGAAGUUCUAUCUCCGUCCCCGUGAGGAGCGCGAACAGGCGUCACGUGAAGCCUUCUUGCAGUUCCCUGAGGGCUGUUGGCUUCAUCGAACCAAUGGUGCUUCAGCCCUGGAAGCGUGUUUGACCUCCACAGUCUUCAUGUUCUGCUACUGCCGGCAGUUCCUCAUCACGGAGUAUUCAUUGAGGACGGACACGCUGCCGAUGGCGCGCGAUAUGUGCACCUUAUGGGAGCUCACGGAAGAGGACAGUUGGAUCGGUCAACUGACGCGGAGCACCUUGAGGCUCUUCAGCCUGAAUGUCCACCCCAACGACAUGCUGCAGCGCGUGUGUAACCCUGAGAACGGCGGCUACUGCUCGCCCAAGUAUCGCAGGAUCCACUUUUCAGACAUGGUGGAACUGACGAACGAGAAGCCCAUUGCGACGAUCUCCAACAUGGUGACCUUCGCCGUGGUGCUGCUGAUCCCGCAGAUCUUCCAGCUCGCCCUCCACAAGGAGUUUGGUAUCAAGUGCCUCGGCGGCUUUUUGCCGCAGCUGAUCCCUGACAGCAGUGAUCUCACCGCCGAGGAUCACGAGGAGUUGAAGUCCCAACAGCUUGAAGAGGAGCUGGCCCACCAGCAGCAAAUUUCUGCUCAUGCGCAGGACUGGCUGGUGGAGAAGUUCAACCUGGACCUGUCGCUGGUCGCCCGCUUGGGCGGCCAUUCGCAACCGCGCACGCACCGAGGGAAGGAACGAUUCCCAGGAAUGACCAUCACUUAUGCGCUGAUCCAGAUGUUGGAGAAGGUGGCAGAGAAGACGGACCUGGCGCGGAUCAUUACGAAGGCCAAGGUCUUCAAGCUCGUCACUGAGGGGAACGUGUGCGUCGGCUGUGUCUAUGAGAAGGGUGGUCAGAACUUCCAGGAGUUUGGCCCUGUGAUCUUGGCCUCAGGCGGCUUCGGGGCGGAUUUCACCAGCAACUCCCUCCUGGCGCAAUACCGACCCGAUCUGCUGCACUUGCCCACCACCAACGGUGAGCACUGCACCGGAGAUGGCAUCAAGAUGGGAGAAGCGAUCGGUGCGAAGACCAUCGACCUCGAGUGGGUCCAGGUGCAUCCCACCGGCCUGGUGAAGCCAGACGACGCGGAUGCCAAGAUCAAGUUCUUGGCCGCCGAGGCCCUGCGUGGAGUGGGUGGUCUCAUCUUGAACGCGGAUGGCAAGCGCUUCUGCAACGAGCUGGGACGCCGAGACUAUGUCACUGGCGAAAUGUGGAAGAGCAAGCCGCCCUUCAGGCUGUGCCUCAACAAGGCAGCGUCGGAUGAGAUCAUUUGGCACUGCAAGCAUUACACUGGCCGUGGGGUCAUGAAGUACUACAGCUCUGGUGAAGAUUUGGCCAAGGACAUGGGUGUGGAUCUCUCAGUGUUGGAGCAGAGCCAUGAGGAGCAUUACCAGGCCGCCAAGAAAACCGAGACUCAUCCAGAUGAAGGAGCUUGGCCGGCGUAUCCCUCUGGUAAGUCCCAUGAUGAGGCCAGUGGAAAGACCGGAAGUGGCAAGAAGUUCUUCCACAACAUCUUGCCUGGGUCUGCCGUCCGUCAUGAGCCUUUCUACGUGGCGAUCAUCACACCAGUGAUCCACUACUGCAUGGGUGGCCUCCUGAUCGACACCGACAGCGCCUGCGUGGGUCCCAAUGACAAGGCCAUCCCCGGACUCUACGCGGCCGGCGAGGUGGCGGGCGGUGUGCAUGGGAACAACCGCCUGGGUGGGAACUCCUUGUUGGACUGCGUGGUCUUUGGCCGUGUGGCGGGCCGGGCCGCCGCCAAGUACAUGCUGGGCGCGGACUUCAAGCCGGUGGACCUGCGCGAGGUCAGCGGCGGCGGCUUGACCGGCGCGGUGGAGAGCUCCAAGCUAGCAGGUGGCUCCUAUGAGGACAAGAUGAACUCGGCCACGACAGCAGCUGGCGCCGCUCCCAUGGCGAACGGUGGCGCCGCCGGUGGGAUGACUUUGGCUGAAGUGGCCAAGCACAACAGCAAAGCCGACUGCUGGGUGGUCGUGGAUGGCCAGGUGUUGGACGUGACCAGCUUCCUGAGUGAACAUCCCGGUGGAGAGCUGGCGAUCCUCACCUUCGCCGGAAAGGACGCCACCGAGGAGUUCAACAUGAUCCACCCACCGGAUGUCAUCGGAAAAUACGCCCCGGACUCCGUGAUCGGUUCCAUUGGCGGCGGUGGUGGAGCGGUGGCUGCCGGUGGCGGUGGCGGUGGCGGCGGUGGAGCUCCAGGCAUUCCGAUGACGGAGGUAGCGAAGCACAACAGCAAGACGGACUGUUGGGUGGUCGUGGAUGGCCAGGUGUUGGACGUGACCAGCUUCCUGAGUGAACAUCCCGGUGGAGAGCUGGCGAUCCUCACCUUCGCCGGAAAGGAUGCCACUGAGGAGUUCAACAUGAUCCAUCCGCCCGACGUCAUCGGCAAGUACGCCCCUGACUCGGUGAUUGGCAACGUGGGCUCCGGCGUGGCAGUGGCGGCCGCCGGCGGUGCGGCCAAGGGAGGCGCUCCUGCGAGGAAGGACAAGGGCGGCGCUUUGUCAAACCACCAUGCCUGGGGUCAUUUGGAUGGAGCACAAACCAACUGGCGAGUCGACCUGGAUGAGAACCCAGGUGUUUUUAUCCUCAACAUCAAGUCUUACUUCAACGCCACCUGGUUCCUCGUGCUCGCCAUCCUCUACGAAGUGUGCGCGACCAUUUUCUCCGCUAAGAACAUCAAGAUCUCCAACGAUCGAUUGGGCUUGACGCGCAGCGCCAUCUUGCUGAUCUUGUUCAUCGUGAUCCAUGCAGUGGGCAACCUCCACGUCUUCAAGGGCCCGGACGACUUCAAUGGCUACGGCUACUUCUACGUGCGGCUCUACUGGACGGGCUUUGGGCUGCCAGCCAACAUCGUCGAGGAGUACAUUUUGCUCUCCGUCUUGUUGCACGUCUUUGUGGGCCUGAAGAGGACCUGGGACAUGAAGCUGGCGCUGGUGAGCAGUCAGGGCGUAGGUGUCUUGAACCUGGCCAUCUCAGGUUUGAUGUUGUUGACCUUCAUGACGAUCCACCUCUUCCAGUUCCGCUUCGGCGACACGGAGACCUGGCCUGCCGGGUCCUACACGGAGCAAUUCCUCCUGUACAACGACUACAUGGACCUUAGGCCAUAUCUCAUCAACUUCUGGGGUAUUCUGUCCCUGAACCUCUUCUGGACGGACGCCUCCUAUGUGGAGCCGGUGGGUGUGCGAGACAUCUAUGCCCUGGAAUUCCAGAUCUUCAAGAACCCAUUGUGGUCCUUCUUCUACAUUUUCUCCGUGGCGGUCUUCAUGGUCCAUGCCUGCCUGGGUUGGAAGAAGGUCACUCCUGUGCUGGGCAUCCCUCGUGGCCACAUUGGCAAGGUUGAAAUCAUUGGCGUCUCGAACGAACUGGCUGUCACCAGUGGUGGGACGGUUGAGAAGUUCAGCAUGGAUCCAACAGAUGCAACUGCCAUCAUCCUGGCUCUCAAAUGCAAUUUGAAGGGUCCAAGCUAUGGCAUCAUGAUUGUGAUGGGUUUGGUCUACAUCAGCUUCCCUGUCUACGUCAUGGCCACCAAGCCCUUCAGUGGUUAUGAGGACGGCAUCCAGACACCUGGGCGCAUCGAGCAGUGA